AGAGGCAGGAGCAGGAGUAUUAAAUGUCCAGAGAGCAGCCGGUGUUGGUGAUUCACUCCGAGGAGGCAGCACGGCACAGUGUAGUACCACUUUAGCUUUCUUUGUCGGUGUUAUUAUUUAUCCACACAACUUUUAUUGUGUUCCGUUGGAUUAACCGUACGUAACUUUACCGCCUCUCCGGGAGUCAUAACGGCAGCCUGAUGCCGCCGGUGUUAACCAUGCACAGCACGAACUAUGAUUAUGACUAUGACACGGUGCAGCCCUACUUCCUGUUGGAUGGCGAGGAGGAGGACUUCUACCUGCCUCCUUGCAGACAGUUCCUCCCGGGCCCUGACGAGGACAUCUGGAAGAAGUUCGAGCUGCUGCCGACGCCUCCUCUGUCGCCCAGUCGGAGACCCUCGCUGCCCGAUGUCCCGCUGUCCGCCGCAGAGCACCUGGAGGCGGUGACUGACCUGCUGGAUGAGGACUGCAACCCCUCCGCGGCGCUCCUCCAGUCCUUCAUCAUCCAGGACUGCAUGUGGAGCAGCAGCUUCGCCGCCGCCACCAAGCUGGAGAGGGUGGUGUCCGAAAGGCGCUCGCUGCGUGCCCGCCGGGACUCCUCCGCGGCCAACAGCACAGACAGUGCUGCAGCUGGUCAGCAGGUGUGCAGCUCCAGGGUGACCACGGGGUACCUGAAGGACCUCCACGCUGCGUCCACAGACUGCAUCGACCCCUCUGUGGUGUUUCCGUGCACCACGCUGAGUGGCCUGAGCGAGGACGGAGGGGCGAUGGAGGUGGUGUCAGAACUGUGUCUGGACUCGCCGCCUCUCAGCAGCAGCGACAGCGAAUCAGAAGAAGAAGAAGAAGAAGAAGAGGAGGAGGAGGAACAGGAAGCUGAGGAGGAUGUAGAGAUCGACGUGGUGACGGUGGACAGGAGAAACGUGUCUCAGCGGUCAGAUAACAGCAGCAGGGCGAGCAGCUCCCCGGCGGUUCUUAAACGCUCUCACAUCAACGUCCACCAGCACAACUACGCCGCCCAGCAGCCGUCUGCGUCCGCCCAGCAGCCUGCGGGGAAACGGUUCAAGCCCCAGAGCGUCUGCCAGACACUGAGGCAGAGCGACAGCGGACGCAGGUGCUGGAGUCCCCGUUCGGACGGCGAGGACAAUGUGGACAAACGCAGGACUCACAACGUGCUGGAGAGGCAGCGCAGGAACGAGCUGAAGAUGAGCUUCCUGGCUCUGCGGGACGAGAUCCCGGCACUGGAGAAGAACGACCGAGCGGCCAAGGUGGUGAUCCUGAAAAAGGCGACGGAGUACAUCGAGGAGGUCAGAGAGCACGAGAGGAGGCUGCUGACAACGAAGGAGGAGCUAAGGAGGCGGAGUCGAGAGCUGAGACACAGACUGAAGCAGCUGAGGACUUAAAAGAAAAAAACAUCAGAUUAUUUAUAAACCACUAAAGUCACCUUUUAAUGUCCGAAGAACUAGAUUGAAUAUCUGAGCAAUUAUGAAAUAUGAAAGAAUCAAACAUCGGAAAUAAUGACGUCGGAACUACAAGGACCAUAAUGCACUGCCCUUUUUGUUACCUGUCGAGCUGUGUCUGCGUGUGAAUUAUUUUAUUCUUUACAACUUCAUAAUUAUGAUGAACUGCCUGCUGGAAAUACUCAUGAUGCAGAAUAAUUUAAUAUAAUUUAAUCAAAAUGAUUAAAUUAAUUAAUGAAGCAUGAAUUCUUUAUUUUAUUUUGUAAACAUUUGUUUUAUUUUUGUAUUUUUUGUGGGGCUCCAGGAGUGUUCAAACUCUGUCAAUAAAAUCCCUUCAUGCACCGGAGGUCAAAACCA